AUGUGGUGGGGGGCGUCUACUCUGCCUCUCGCCACUGUCGGCAAAGCACUCCAGCAACGGCUCCCCGACGCUGACCUACAAGCCAUCAUAGCUCGGAUAUCACGAGCCAAUAUUGAGGCGAUCUUCAUCAAGUAUACUGGCGAUAACGAGCGCAUUCUCUUCUCUGUCAAGAUCACAGCAGUGGUUGCAACUCUGAUAGGAAACAAAUAUCCAGAACGACGGUACGCUGUUGUUGGACACUAUGACUCGCGGAACAGCAAUCCUGUGGACUGCGAGGGCGCUGCACCCGGAGCCGUCGACGACCUCUAUCGCGUUUACUGCUUUCCUUUUACGGGCGAAGAGCAAGGCCUCUUGGGUGCCGAGAACCUCGGCCAGACCUACAAGAACAGUCCGACCAGCGUCGCCGCCAUGAUAAACCUUGAUAUGAUCGGCAAUUUGAAAGCCGAAGGUGGCAUGACUGAUUCCUACAAAAUUCGUCUGUUCUGUCUGGGCACACCCGGCGAAAAUCACAGCCCCUCCAGCAAUUUGGGACGCCACAUCUAUAAAGUAGCAUCCAUCGCAUUUACUCAGAUGACUUUCCUUGAAGCUGGUUUUAAUGGUGUUUGGUUUGUACAGGCGAACGAGGACUAUACGCAACAGAACCAGGACAUUCACAUUCAGUAUGGUAAGCAGUACGGUGAUCUUGUCGAGUUUCUGGACUUCGAAUACAAUACACGCGCGGCAAAGGUCAACCAACAAAAACGUGGUAUCAAUGUCACAGCGAGUGAAAACUACAUCCAGGUCCGUUGGACGAAUCCAAAGGGCCUGAAGCCUGAUUGUUAUGAGAUCGUCUACAAGGAGACCAUCGAGCCACAUUGGACGACCGUGAUCGAGGUCGGUGAUAUGAACUGGUAUAAUCUAACAAGUGCAACAAUCCACAAAGACAACGAGGUCUUUGAAGUAAUAAGGGUAGGAAACGGCAGAUACAGAAGUCCUACCGUGCCUCCAUUCCCGUUUGUGCGGUCAAGGAAUUACUAA